AUGGCCGACACACCCCUGGCUUCCCUGUCUCUGACACAUGUCCACUAUAAUCCCGAGGAUCCUUUAUCCUUAGUGUCGGCAUGGCUUGCUCUCCUUCCUCAGGCGCUGUGCGUCUCCUACGCCACUCUCAUCUGGUCAACUCGAGAGAUGGAAGUCAUUUUGAUGUUUGCUGGACAGCUGGGCUGUGAAGCAUUGAAUUUUGUGCUUAAGCGACUCAUUAAGGAAGAACGACCAAAGGAAAUGUUUGGUAAAGGCUACGGAAUGCCUUCAUCGCACUCUCAGUUCAUGGCCUUUUUCUCCGUCUACCUUACCCUCUUUCUCCUCGUCCGACACACCCCUGCCUAUGCUACCUCGUACCCAUUCCUGGGCACUUUACUCCGAGCUUUCGUCACCAUCGGUCUUCUGGCUGUUGCAGCUGGAGUUGCAGCUAGCCGCAUAUAUUUGAACUACCACACUACUCGUCAGGUCCUAGCGGGCUGCGGAGCUGGCGUGGUGUGUGCCUUUGGCUGGUUCACCAUCACUAGUCUUCUUCGUCGCCUGGGAUGGAUUAACUGGGCUGUGGAGAUGACUAUCUCUCGUUUGCUACGCGUUCGGGAUUUGGUAGUAAGCGAGGAUCUCGCCGAAGCUGGCUGGCAACGAUGGGAAGAUUUGCGAUUGAAGCGUCGCCGCAGUGGUUCCCGCAAGUCUGAGUAA